AUGGCCAAACUUAAAACAAAAGCCCGGGUCCAGCAGAAGGUCCAACUCCAAACCCAAGCCUUGGUAGCAGCCCUGCGGCCGGCUGGCUCCGGGAGCCCAUGGAAAGGGGUAACCCAGCACCCCCCUGGGGGCCCUGCCUCAAGUGUGGCACUGAUGGCCAUUGGGCCCGCCAAUGUCCACAUCCAAAGGAACCAGUGUGCCCUUGUACACAAUGCCAGAGGAUGGGCCACUGGAGGUCUGACUGCCCCAACAUCAGAGGCUCCCCGGUGCCUCCAUGCAGAGGAAACUCUGAGCUGGAACCACUCUGGCUCUCCCGGACCCUCCAAAGCCCUUUCAUCAUUUACAGAUGAGCAUUCUGGCUUGGCUACCGGCCUCCUGGCCCAGCCUGCAGGGCUGGCCUAUCAAGCAGUGGCAUACCUAUCAAAACAGCUAGAUGUCACAGCCCAGGGAUGGCAGCCAUGUCUCAGGCCAUUAGCAGCUGCUACCUCCCUGACCAAGGAAGCUCUCAAGUUUACUUCGGGCCAACCCCUCACUGUCUUUUCUUCCCAUUGCUUGGGAGACCUGCUCAGCCACGAGUCCCUUGCCCAUUUGACUCCUUCCAGAAUCCAACUGUACCACCUCCUUUUCAUCAAAAAUCCCCAGAUUUCUUUAUCCACCUUCCUCCACUUAAAUCCCAUGACACUUCUGCCUACUCCCUCCACUACUUCUGACCCUUUACGUUCCUGUCCUCAACUUUUAGAGGACGUUAUUCCCUCACAUCCAGGGCUCUCUGACCAGCUCCUAUCUAAUCCUGACCAUGUGCUUUUCGUAGAUGGUAGUUCUUUCAUUGCCCUGGACGGCCAAAGCCAUGCAGCCUAUGCUGUCGUUACUCUAGACAGCACCUUAGAGGCUCUACUCGAGGCCCUUAGCCACCCAACUGAGGUGUCUAUCGUUCACUGCCAUGGCCACCAGUCCUCUAAAGACCCUAUAUCUAAAGGCAACAACAAAGCCGGUUCCACAGCCCAGGCUACGGCUCUAGGCUCUGCCCCAGCUCCUCUCCUUCUUCUCAACACACCCCAUUCCAUCGUAUACAGAAGAAGAAACACAGACCCUCAAGCAGUUGGGGGAAUUAUCGGGGACAAGGGUUGGAUUUUUAUCCAAGAUAACGUCACCCUCCCUGGCCACCUUGCCCGCAGCAUCAUUACAGACAUCCACCAAUCCCUCCACCUUGGCCCAAAAGCUUUAUAUCAGUUCCUAGAACCCCUUUUCCAUAACCCACACCCCCAAAAGCUCAUUGAGGAGGUUCAUCAGUCUUGCAAUACCUGUUCUGCUGUUAAUUCUCAAGGGAGAAUUCGCAGGGUAGGACCUAACCAUCAACUCCAAGGCCAUCAACCGGGAGAGGACUGGCAGCUUGAUUUAACUCACAUGCUAUGUCACAAAACCUAUUGUUACUUACUAACUUUGGUGGACACCUUUACAGGAUGGAUUGAGGCUUACCCCACAGCUCGAGAAACAGCAGACGUGGUAGCUGCUAUACUCAUUAAACAUAUCAUCCCAAGGUUUGGCCUCCCACAGACCCUACAAUGUGACAAUGGCCCAGCCUUCACUUCCAGUGUCAUCCAACAGGUCUCCAAAAGUCUGAACAUCACCUGGAAAUUCCAUAUCCCUUACGAUCCACAAUUCUCAGGAACGAAUUCAGAGGUGUCUAGAGUAUCCGUCAACCAGCUUCUGCUCCACUCCUACUCCCAUGUGCCCACUUCCAACAACCCCUACAACGCCCCUCAUUCAGCAGGAAUCAUUGCAGGGGAACAUCUAAGAAUCUGUCCUCAGGAAUAUACAUGCUGCACCACAGAAAUGGAAGACAAGUUAAGCCAACAGAGCAAACUCGAGUUUGAAAACCUUGUGGAAGAGACAAGCCAUUUUGUACGCACCACCUUCGUGUCCAGGCACAAGAAAUUUGAUGAAUUUUUUCGAGAGCUCCUGGAGAAUGCAGAAAAGUCACUAAAUGAUAUGUUUGUACGGACCUAUGGAAUGCUGUACAUGCAGAACUCAGAAGUGUUCCAGGACCUCUUCACGGAGCUUAAAAGAUACUACACAGGGGGCAAUGUGAAUCUGGAGGAGAUGCUCAAUGACUUCUGGGCUCGUCUGCUGGAGCGGAUGUUUCAGCUGAUAAACCCUCAGUAUCACUUCAGCGAGGACUACCUGGAAUGUGUGAGCAAAUACACCGACCAGCUGAAGCCGUUUGGAGAUGUGCCCCGAAAACUGAAGAUUCAGGUCACCCGCGCCUUCAUUGCUGCUCGGACCUUUGUCCAAGGCCUCACUGUGGGCAGAGAAGUUGCAAACCGAGUUUCCAAGGUGAGCCCGACCCCAGGGUGCAUCCGUGCUCUCAUGAAGAUGCUGUACUGCCCGUACUGCCGAGGCCUUCCCACUGUGAGACCCUGCAACAACUACUGCCUCAAUGUCAUGAAGGGCUGCCUGGCCAAUCAGGCUGACCUCGACACGGAGUGGAAUCUGUUCAUAGAUGCAAUGCUCUUGGUGGCAGAGAGACUGGAAGGGCCAUUCAACAUUGAAUCGGUCAUGGACCCCAUAGAUGUCAAGAUUUCUGAAGCCAUUAUGAACAUGCAAGAAAACAGCAUGCAGGUGUCUGCAAAGGUCUUUCAGGGAUGUGGCCAGCCCAAGCCUGCUCCAGCUCUCAGAUCUGCCCGCUCAGCUCCUGAAAAUUUUAAUACACGUUUCAGGCCCUACAAUCCUGAGGAAAGACCCACAACCGCCGCAGGCACAAGCUUGGACCGGCUGAGGACUGUGUGGAGAACAAUGCAGCAUAGUGUCACAGACAUAAAAGAGAAAUUGAAGCUGUCGAAAAAGGUCUGGUCGGCACUACCCUACUCCAUCUGCAAGGAUGAGAGCGUGACAGCGGGCACGUCCAACGAAGAGGAAUGCUGGAACGGGCACAGCAAGGCCAGGUACCUGCCCGAGAUCAUGAAUGACGGGCUGACUAACCAGAUCAACAAUCCCGAGGUGGACGUGGACAUCACGCGGCCUGACACUUUCAUCCGACAGCAGAUCAUGGCUCUGCGUGUGAUGACCAACAAACUGAAGAAUGCAUACAACGGCAAUGACGUCAACUUCCAGGACACAAGUGAUGAAUCCAGCGGCUCAGGGAGUGGCAGUGGGUGCAUGGAUGACGUGUGCCCCACGGAGUUUGAGUUUGUCACCACAGAGGCCCCUGCAGUUGAUCCUGAUCGGAGAGAAGUGGACUCUUCUGCAGCCCGGAUGAGCGACUCCCUGCUCUCGUGGCUUCUCAUCUGCACUGCCCUGGCAUUGCAGAGACUGUGCAGAUAAUCCUGGUUUUGGGUCAGAUAAAACUGCAUUUUAGCUAUUUGAAUGGCCAACUCACUUCUUUUCUUACAUACUUGGACAAUGGACCAUGCCACAAAAACUGACCGUUUUCUAUGAGAAGAGAGCAGUACUGCGACCUGCCUCCCGUUUUGUUUUCCCAAAGAGUACCGGGUGCCAGGCUGAACUGCCUCCUCUUCCCUUCAGCUGUCUGUGGGGACCUUGUUUAUUCUAGUGAGAAUUCUUAUUCAAAUCUUUCGUACCGGGAGGUUUUCUUACCUUCAUUUGCUUUUAUGCUGCAGAAGUAAAGGAAUCUCACGUUGUGAGUUUUUUUUUCCCAUUAAAGAAAAAAAAAAAGAUAGGAAGAAAAAAACUUUUCUUGUAAAAUCAGGCCAAACCCAAGAUAACUGCAUUUUUAACAAAGCAGCAGAUAGGAGAGAAAAAUAAAGCAAUGUUAAUGCUAUCAGUUUAGCAUUGACAGCCAACUCCCAGUGUAAGCUUUUCUGUGACAAAUCGGGUUUACAAAAGGCUUAUGGGGAGAAAACUUGAAAUUUUUUUAAAUGUAGUGAAAAUACAUCAUUGUCUUGGACAUAUCAUCUUGCACUCUAACCACACAACAUCAAAUUGAUUUGGAGGUACUGAUACUAAAUUUAGAAUUCCAUCUUUAAUAUGAGAGCAAAAAUUACUGCAACUCAGCACCUCUCUCUCACCCACCCUAUUUCAAUUUCAGUAAUGGCACAUUUUUCUUAAUUCUCUUAAUGUCUGUCCAUUGUACACAAUUGGCACACAUUUUCUUCCUUCAUCUUCAGUUUUUAGUAGACACACCCAUCAAUUCAUCCUCAAGAGUUUCAAUUGAAAAUAAUCUUCACUGAUAUAAUCUCUGCUUUUGCCACAGGUUUGACAUUAAUUAGAUGUUUCUGCCCCUGUGCUCAUUACCCUCCCAAAGAAAGAGUUCUUUUACUGAAUUGAUAAACGAUUAGAUCCAUAUGUGAGUUUUCAUCUUUAACUAUUUGCUUUGUGUCAAUUGGUUUUUCCAUCACAAGGGCAUUCUCUUACAAAAUAACUCACAACAACAACAAAAAAAGUCAAGACAAAAAAUAUAUAUAGUAUUGACAUGGAGAUUUCUUUCACUUUUUUAGUCUUAGUAUGAUCAUCUAUUUUUAUAUCUAUAUAUAUAAAUCACAGAUUUUAACUUCUUAAUUCCAAGCUCAGGGUUGACACACCUUUGUAACAAAAAUGUUUUGUCAACCAGCUCUUCUUGUUUUGUGCUGCUCAGAGAAGGGAUUCCUCAAUGAUCUGUGAGCAUCAAGAAUCAAGAAAGAGAACUUUUUACGUAUCUAACUGUCCAUUUAUUAAAAGUUUACCAGAGCACACCCUUUUCACAUGAGCAUGCUUUGUCCUGGGUGCUCGAAGCUGUACCGAGUUCAUGGGAUGAACCAUGGGUGUGCAGGACUUCACUGGUGAUGGAAAGUGUACGUGUAAAGAAUGUUAUUCACGAAAAACCAUUGCUUUCAUAUAAAAAACCUUCGGCCUAGGAUUCCUGCUUGGCACUUAGGUAAAUGACCUAACUCAAGAGGCAAAGUUAGAGCCACAACCUAACCUAUAGACCAGGUAUGCCAAAGCCAGGCCCUAUGCUCCCCCUGACAGAGCAAAGCAAAAUAAACCAAACUGGGGCUUUAUGAAUGCAGUUGGCUAUCCACAUGUCUCUUGGUUUUUAUGAUGCAUCUGGAGUAAAGUAAUGUUUCAAGACACCAUAGUAUGCCAGUCACAUUUUAACUAACUCAUUGACAGUAUUGACAUGUAAAUGGUAUUUUUCUAUCUCUAUUCUCAUCAAAAUUAAAAUUAGUUAUUGAUUUAGUCAUCACAUUUAAGUAGAACACAUGCGGCACAAUAGUAUUAAGUAUAUUUGAGCACUUUUGCAAAACAAAAAGUAUUUACAAGCAUUUAUUGCUACUUUAUGCCUAAUGAAAUAUGACAUGUAGGAUUCUGAGAGACUUUGUGGCAUCCUUUCAUUUAAAUCUUAAUGAAAUUAACACUUAAUCUAAUUCAGCAUUACCUACUUCUAGAAAACCAUCCAUUUGACUGCCGAACUUGGGCUUCCUAUCACCAAUUACACAUAAAACAUUUCUGUGAAGGACCAAUCAUUUAUGUUGCUCAUUUCAUUGUUUGUUCAGAAAUCAGUAUUGUCUUUCUCCAAUAAUUAAGGUGCAAUACAACUUGUAUCAAACUUGAUUUUCCAGAAUAUUUGAGUAAUAACUUGUUUUUAUGGCUUUAAACUCCAAGUCUUUCUUUUUAAAAUAUUUCUGCAUUAUCUUCUAUGAAAUAGAUCAGGAUGCCUUGUUUUUCCUGUGCUUUCACCCCCAAAAGGUUGUGUGCAUGUGUAUGAAUACACAUUAUAUAAAUGAAUGUGACCCCACGUUUUGUACGUACUAAACAUACAGAUAAUAUAUAAAGGCCUGCUUCAAUUGUUUUAACACCUUCAUUAUUAAUAUUGUUCCUACUGAUGAGAUACAGUGAUCACAUGAGCCAGGCAGAGAGCUGAAAUGACUAUCAGUUAAUGAUGCCACAAUAUCAGUCAUCCUGCAUGGAUGUGGUCAAAAUACUAUUCACCUUGUACUUCCUGGUUUUUAUCAUCAUACUACAAUGUCAUGUGAUUUUCAGACUAAUUAAACAUGAGAAUUUUUUCUUUCCCUAAGGGAUUUAGUUUAAUCUAGUUACCCCAUUUCAGUAAGUAUUAUGGAACCCCCCCAAAUUAAUUUUUCUCAUUUCAGCACAGUGAUAAGGGAUGUGUUGAUGCUCCGUUAUUUUUCAUGACCUGCCCUCAUUUGCUCUGAUGUCCCCUAAACUCUGUAGUCACGUCAUAACUUCUGUUAUGAGUAGAGAGAAAUGGGCUCACUGAAAUCAGACACUAGAAAUUGGUGGGUGAUGCUCAUAACUGCAAACACUUAGCUUAUUGAAGUGCCUCUAUUUACAUGUUCUUUAGUUAUAAUAUGUAUUUUUCUAACAGAAAUACACGUCUGUAAUUGAUGUAUAUUAUACUUUGUAUAUGUCACAACAAAAGCUAAACAGAGGCUAAAGUCUUUAGCAGAGAAGCAUGAAUUGCAAAUUUAUGAAUAAGAGCUCUGUUCGUGGUUCUGUACUGAAGGACAACCAUGACAACUUUCUGUCAUUUUAAUGAGGGCCAAGUUAGUACUUUGCUCACAGCCAUCAUACAACAUGGUUAGCACUAGAAAUAUGACUCCCUUACAGUGAUUUAACCAGAUAAGAUAACUAACUUGUAUCAUCUGCUUUAUAUGUAAGGGAUAGAAAAUACUAUUUUGUCUACACUGAAAAACACUAUUAUUCAUCAACAAGGAGUAAUAGUUAUCAAAGUAACAUUCUUUAAAUUAAACACAUUGAAAAUAUUAUUGGAUGCAGAACCCUGAUAUUUAAUUUAUAUCCUGCUGCAGACAUUAGCCUACUUUAAUUCUUUUGCCAUUACAUAUGUGUUUUGGCUAUAGACUGAACACCAACUAAAGUCUCAAGGAGGAAUAAAACUUAGCAAAUUCCUGAGUUGUGAUUAUUUUAUUACUUUUCUUUGCAAGGCUAGUUAUCACAUGGUUUGAUUAAGGAUAGAAGUGUUAGCAAAUGCAAGUUUUGACUUAUUCAAAACUUGCAGAAAUUCAAACUCAUUUUCAUUUACUUAGUCACUAACAGACCUGACUUGUAAUUUAAAAAAAAAAAAAAAAUAGCUUUGCCAACAGAAGAGUAAAGGAGACCAUAACUUAUAAAUUUGCGAUGUGUUCCUCCUUGGUGGAGACAUUAGCCUGUGUUUAGUUUUAGGCCAACUUAUACAAAUAGAGUAUUGAUUUGUAUGCAUUCUGGAGACUUGCUGUAUCAUGAUUUGCUUUAGAAUGGACUCAGCCUAGCAUGGAGACAUUAAGAACUUCAUUCAAAGUUGAGUAGUUACUAGAAUCUUUGGCAUUGCCUUGUAAUGAGGUACUUCCAUGGAAAAACACCUAAGGAUGGCAUAAUAGUGAGGUCUCUGUGUGCAUAUACAUAAUAUAUGUGCAGGAUAAAUGUGUGCACCAAUCAAAACUAAAAUUUUAUGUGACUGUCAAAUGAAUAUUAUUUCGGUUAAGAUUUUUCAUUUCUGAUUUGGAUAGAAAAUUGCUAUUAAUCUUGUAUUAAAAUAGUUUUUAAAAAUCAA